AUGUCGCCGUCCUCGGCGCCCCUCACCGGAGCACCACCACCGUCGCCCUGCUGCCUCGCCGUCCCGCUACCCCAUCGGUCGCCCCCCGAGCCCGCUGCCAUACCCCUCCCGCUCCCCUGUGAGCCGCCACCUCCCUCCUCCUCCCUCUUCUCCUCUGUGCGUGAGAGUCGCCGUCACCGCGCGCCCACGCCCCACCGCUGCACCGACCCCCUGCUGCACCCGCACCCCCGCUCGUCGUGCCCGGCAGCCACGCGCUCCGCUCGCGCCGCUACUUGCUACUUGGAGCCGCCGAACCGCGCCUCCAGCGCCUCGCGCUUGCGCAGGCCUGCGCGCCUUCGCUCGCCGACCGAGCCGCGCGUCUACACCCCCUUCUCCGCCCGGCGCUGCUCACUGGAGCUCCCCUUCGCUCGCCGCCCGCGGGCUUCUCCUUGUGACCACGCCGCCGCCUAA